AUGCCGGCUGUCAAGAAGGACGGCAGCAUCCAGAAAACCAUUGAACAUUACGCAUUUGCGGAUGCUGUUGACACCGCCACAAUUAUCGUGGAGGUUGACAAGGAUCUGUUUGAUGGCGCUUCCAAGCAUGUUGCGGAGGAGCAGAUAGAGGUUGUAAGCAAAGACAAUGAGCUGACAGUGAUCCUCCACGGGGUCCCCACUACAAAAACGGCAGACGCUGUUGCGGAUUGGACCCUGCGGCUGUCUCCUCUCUGCCACAGCGUGGAGUCAGGGAGAACAACUUGGAAAGUGCGAAAGGGCAAAGUGUCCGUGAAGCUGGCCAAGAGGAAGCCACAAGAAUGGAAGCGAGCUGUCAAAGUUUGA